AUGUACCAACUUCGUCCGUUGCUGAGUCGAAAGUCAGCCGCAAUCUUCAGGCUUGGCACAGCCAAACCCCGGAGGCCAUGGCCUACAGUCACUUUCAGCAGCUCCAGUGCGAGCAGGUUCCUGGCGAGCGGGGGUCCAGAUGCAGUUGCCGAUGACUCGCCAAAAGGCCAGCCCGAAAACAACUGGAAGAACACAGCGAUGAAGGUGCUGGAGACAGCAGGAGCCACGAUGGCCUCCAUAUUCAUCCUAGGUGUUGCCGGUUACUCCUACCACAGAUAUUACAAGUGGCUUAUUUUGGACAAGAUCGACAAUGCAUUUGAGCCCGGGGACCCUGUCCUCGAUAUCGCUGGGGCGUCUCCCGGAAAGGAGGCCCCAGAUGCGGAACACUGGGUUGUCCGCGAUGAGCAAGAGAAAAUUGAUAGGAUCGUGGCAGGUGACCUCAAGGGACACUAUUAUCUCCUAAUCGGCGAGAAAGGCACCGGCAAGACAUCCAUGUUGCUGAAUGCCAUGCGCAAAAUAAAUGGCGUGCGAGUCGCGAUGUUUGAGGCGCAUGCAGAUCUGGAGAUUUUCCGCGUACGCUUGGGCAAAGCCUUGGACUAUGAGUAUCACGAAGAUUAUAUUGGCAGUCUUUUCAGUAUUAGAGGCCCACGUGACACUACAGCCUUGCUCGAUAUCGAGCGAGCCUUGAAUAAGCUGGAAAAGGUAGCUUUACGGAGAAGAACAAAAGGAGAAUCACCUUUAAUUCUCAUUGUUAAUAGCACGCACCUCAUCCGAGACGAUGAAGAUGGUCGAGAUCUCCUAGAGUUGAUGCAGCAACGAGCUGAACAAUGGGCUGCUAGCAACCUCAUUACAAUGGUCUUUAAUAGUGAUGAUUAUUGGGUAUAUGAGCGCCUCAAAAGAUAUGCAACCCGCAUGGACACAAUACCAGUUCCAGACUUGCCUAAACAAACAGCUAUGGCUGCUUUGAAAAAGUAUCGGAAACGAUAUCAUGGAGAGGAAUUAUCGGCUGAAAAGCUGACCGAAGUCUAUGACUCAGUUGGAGGGCGUUUGUCUUUCCUCAAUCGAGUUGCCAAAUCUCAUGAUAUGAAACAAGCAUGCGACGAUAUAUGUGAAGCUGAAAAGUCAUGGCUUCUCAAUCGUUGCUGGAUUCUGGGCGCAGAAAUGGACGAUGAUGUGAUGGAUGAGCAGAAAUAUUCCUCCGCGGCGAUGGUUCUUGCCAAGGCCUUGGUUGACCGCGAAAAAGAAAUGGAGACCACCUAUCACGAAGAAACUGGACAUAUUUUACCACAAAUGUCCCUUCAUGAGGCCCGACAGGUGAUGACCCGGGCAGACUUUAUCCGGAGUUACGAUCAAGACAACAUCUUCACAAUCGAUUCUAAAGCCAUGGUGCGGGCUGAUUCUGUACCCAUGCAGCGCGCUUUUCGAGCAAUUUGCUCACAGGAGGGAUUUGACGAUCAUCUUGAGAAAACACUAACUCGCAUUGGCGACAUUGAAAGUCUUGGAAGAACUCGAGAGCUAACAGUCAAAGAUCUGUGGGAUCAGGGGAAGUAUAGAGUUGUCGUGCGUGAUAACAAAGGCCGGGAGUCGGGCACUGUUGAGUUUUCCGUGAAGGAGAAGGAAGGCGAAGACGAUAACUAG